AGUGUGACGCAAGAGUAUAGACGAAGUUUGUCCAUGCGGGCUUCCAUUGUCCAAGUCUGUCAGCUUUGUUCAUUGACAAAAGUUAGGGAUGUCUUAUUCCAAGACGGCCGUCUGAUAUUACCCUACUGGUUAAGUGGCAAACAGUGGCAACAUGUAUGUAGAGGGAAACGUUUUUCUGUACAGUUUGACGCCUUUUAAAUUGAACGUAUAGUCUAGUCUGGCCGUGAAAAGGAUUUGGCGACGCUGCUCUUAGGAACAACCGAGGGACACAUUUGGGAUAUUGAAUUCGUUGGAAGGUUUUGGUGUUAGCGCUCUCUUCCCUGGCAUAGAAGCCGGAGCCGCAGCCUAGAGUUGUCGGAGCCGUGGGUUCAAUGAGGAUCUGAGCGCUGCCUGCCUGCCUGUCAGGACCGCCAUGGCGGAGCUCGAGAUAGAUCAAUCCAACCUGCCUCGGGUCGAAGAGGUGUGCCAGUCUUUCGCUGUUCUGGAAGAUGGGGCAUUGGCACACAACUUACAAGAGCAGGAAAUUGAGCAGUACUACAGUGCCAACGUGCAGAAGAACCAGCUGGUGCAGAGGGAUAUCCGGAUCGCCCGCCGGCUGCAGGAUGAGGAGCGGCACCAGCUGCACCACCUCUCUCGCCAGCGAGAGGAGCAGGACUCUGAGUAUGCACGCAUCGUCCAGGAGGAGCUGCAGAGGUGUGCAGAGGAGGCCCGCCGCAGGGAGGAGGAGGACCAGGAAAUCGCUAAGCGUAUACAGGAAGAGGAAGAACUAGGCGCCAGACGGAGGGGCGGCUGUCACUCGAGUGCGAGGAGAGAUGGCACCGGUGCAGCUGCUCCCUCAUAUCCGACCCACGCUGAUCACGCCUGGGCUUGUGAGCAUGACCGGCCCCCACGCCACUGGCACCCACCCAGAGACAGACGCUCUCCCUCCCUCUCGCCUUCCCCAUCGCCCUCUCCUCCCUCUGAUUCGGAAUACCGUCCCGACCGGUAUCCCGAUGAGCGGUAUCCCAAUGACCAGUAUCCCGAUGACCGGUAUCCCAAUGACCAGUAUCCCGAUGACCGGUAUCCUGACGACAGGCCUCCAAGGCGGGGGAGCCGGCCGACCCCGGUGGUGGGCCCGGCGGAGACCGUGGCACCAGGCGCUCCCUUCUCGGGCAGCUGGGCGGACGCCCUGCGCCUGAUCAAGCAGGACAUGAGCGAGCAGGGCUACGUCAGCUGCAGCUCCGAGGAUGAGCUGCCUGCCUCGCCCCUCCGCAGGCUGGAGAGGGUGGUGCGGAGCCAGGAGCAGGAAGAUGCCGCCGAGCGCCGCCAGAGCUGCCGCCGCGUAGGGGACCGGGGGGAGGACCGGCGCAGCAGUUCGGGCUACGGAGACGAGCGAGGGUGGAGGUCCGAGCCCCGAGCUCUCAGGCACUCGGCCAGCGUCCGCUACAGCUCCCCGGGCGAUGGGCGACCGGCUCGGCCGCUGGAGCGCGUUGGCAGCUGGGCCUCGAGUCACAGCAGCGACAAGCAUGUACACUUCAAAGACGACAGGAGGCGCUCUAACAGCUACCACAGCGAUGGCAGACGGGCGUAUGAAGGAAGUUAUGAAGGCUUUAGGGAAAGGGGUGGUGUGGUGACUUACAACGGAGAAUCACGGCUGGCUAACAGCAGAAGCAGGGGCCAUCAGACCUAUCCAAGUGACGAUAACUGGAAUCGCCAACAGCAGGUUCCACCCCUGCAAAGGAACGCCUUUGCCAGGCGCAGUUACCACGGUGACGCCAGGCGGAGCCAGAGACACUCUUUCCGGGACGGCCGUAGCAACGGCUACCACUGGAACGGUACCUCCAACUCUCGCUGCAUCCCUGAGGAGCGUGGAGAAGAGCCGAUGGAGGGGUCUGGCCUGAGGGAGCGGUCAGCCUGGGACAGAAGGAGCUGCCGGAGCUCCAGAGAGCACAGAGGCCACCUCGACUCCCCAAGGCACCAGCUGGCCCCGCGCAGGAAGGAGGGGGACUCCUCGGGAGCUCGGCGCUGCCACAGCGAGCGCAGGCCAGCGGGGCACUGGCAUCGGGGGCCGGGCGGUGAGGAUGGGUUCAGCUCGGGGGAGGAGGGCGUGUGGGAGAGGAGAGUGGGCAGUCACACCACACCUUCACACAGAACCACCGACACAGGUGUGCCUGUAAGGCCCAAGGGCCCCCCCCUGGCCAUGGGGGACCUGCAGCAGGUGCUUCUGGACGAGGAGCUGGCACGCAGGCUCCAGGAAGAGGAAGAGCGGCUCCUCAGAAGGAGCCCCAGGCAGUCAUCCCCGCCAAGAAGGGUGUACGUGGAGGGAGAUUUCAGGGUUGCUCAAGAGGCCCAGGAUGAGGAAAUUGCACGCUUCAUUCAGAAACAGGAAAUCAAGGCCAAGCAUGGCUGGACGGAGGCGAAUGCCCCAGAAUUGAGUCCUGACGCUCACGACCCCUGCAGCGACCGGAGAGCUGCCAGGCAGAGACAGAGGGAAAGACUUGACUCCCAAGGCCUGCCUUCACCUCCAGAGGACUAUCAACCUGACGAACAACCCCACAGCCCAGUCAGCGUGGCAGCUCAGCAGCAGCCACCUGUCCUGAAUAUCGCUGAAGCGCUGGACCCCACAUUCCAGGCCAAGAGGACCGAAAACUUCCAAGUGGGACAACCAGACCUUGGUGUGUCUGAAGGCCUACCGCAGGCUCAGUCAGGAAGCUACGAUGUGACAGAAGAGCCAGCCUUUGUCCAGCCCACCAAACGGCCAAAUGAAACAAAGCCGAGCCGAACCAAAGCCAAAGAGAAGAAGCAGAAUGCCAAGCAGAAAGAGAACUGCAAGCAGCAGUGAUGCUGGUGACCGUCAUUCAGUUACUGUGCACUCAGUCCAGUACAAGUUUGUAGUUUGCUUGUUGAGCUGUUAUUACGCACCCUUCCUUACUGAAUUUCAGUUACAGAAAUGCCCGAUUCAUGGAAGCUAUUCACCCCCGGCCCCCUGUUUUUAUGUUCUUGUGUGGUUUUUUGGCCUUAACCUCUUAGGAAUUUAUUAUUUCAGAGGCAUGAGAACUUAAAGGAGAUGGUUGAAAGUUUCGGCAGAACAUGAAAUCGAAAGUAAAUAUAAAGUUAAUGUUGAAUAUAGAGUUAUGUUCUGUACUGUAGGCAACUGCCAUACUCAGGCGGUCUUUCCAGGGAAUUUGAGUUCAUUUGAGGAAUGUUGCAAUAUCAGGCUACCAUUCCGAAAGCAGUCAUAGCCUUUUUUAUGAUUUUUUAAGUUAUUGCAAGAAACACCUUGCAACUCUUUCACAUAUUCAACUAUGUGAGUGUAGCCAACAGAAUUAUGGGUAAAGAUUUGGCAUGUAUUGAGACAGUGCUUGACUUUUGGUUGAAUGCAACAAGUUCUCAAACCAUGUAGCAUGUGUAGUUAUUUAAAACUACAGCUAAUCUAUCUAAGGUUGUGUAUAUUCAAUUGUAAGAUACAAACAAUAGUCAAUAUCAUAUUGUGAGGGAUUUUGUAUUAUGCUUUGUGUUUACUCAGUUGAAAUAUAUAUUUUACACUAAACCAGUGCUACUAACCAGUGCAGAAAAUGAAUUAAUAGUACAUUGUUUGUACUGUAAGUAGUAUUUCUCAUUUUCAUUGAAGAGAGAGAUGGAGGGGAGGGACGUCAAAAUACACAACUGGAAGAUGAUCAUUGAGUCAAGUCAAUAUGUCCAAGGCUGUGCAGGUGUCUGUCCGUAUCAAGGCUGGCAGCAGCUCACAAAGUAGACAUUGCAUUGUGCAUUUGCCAGCAUCUGUACCACCAGUCACGUUUUGCCCUAAGCGUAAGAUCACUUUGCGUUAAUGCUGGGUUGGCACCAGACUCCCGGCACUCCCUGAUUGACAGGAAUGUGUGUGGGCUGGGAAUCUCCUCAUUAUGAGUGGAAGUCUCAAGGUGAUUGUAGGGAGGACCAGUAGUGUUCCUUGUGAAAUAUUUUGAUAAGAAAGACAUCUGGUAUGUUGCAGCCUGUAAUUGUGAAAGUGUUUCACCCAGCAAAAUUGCUAGCAUAAAGAUAUUCUUUCAAUAUGGAACCCAACAAGCAGAAUGUUUUGUUAUUGUUUCCCUGGAUUAAGGGGUGGGGGGGGGUCAAUUAGUUCGUAAGUUAGUUCCGUGAAGAACAAAUAUUACUAUGUCAGUUAAAAGAAAAUACAGAAAAUGAGAUGUCUGUUUCAGUGUUUUGCUUACGUGACCAUAAUCAUAGGGAUAAUUUUGCCCCUCUAUCUCUAAAACUGUCUCCUGUAAAUGUUGAUUAUUUUUAAAAUAAAAGUCAAAUCCA